GACAACGUAGGUAUAGACGUCAAAAAUUGAAGAAAAAAAUGACUCUGUCAAAAAAGCUCUUUCAACCUAUAUAAACGAUUGGAAACAUAUAUAGUUUGUAUAAUUGUGAACUGAUCUUGGCAGGUAACAAAGAAAUAUGGAUUCUCAUCUGUUAACGAAAAUUUUGAUAUUAGUAAGUUCCUUGAGUGCAGUAUAUGGAUGUUCGUGUCUCGAAGGACACCACCAGGAAGAUUUUUGCAGAGCUGCCUAUGUUAUUCGUGGCGAUGUGAUCGACUCAAAUGCUCCAGUACCGGUCCUUCCAGCUGGUCACCCACAGAGGAGUAUCAUAUAUACUGUCAGAGUAAAGAAAGUAUUUAAGGAUAAUACACAUAGUAUUUCGGAAGGAACUGUCAUACACAUAGAAACGAGCUCACUAUGUAGUGUUACUUUAGACAAGGACGGGGAUUAUUUACUUGGUGGCCCAGGAGAUGCGAAUGGAUUAGUAGUAGGUUUAUGUGACAUAGCAACCAAGUGGGAAAAUAUCCCUAAGUGCCAGAUGAACUCGCUAUUAAAUAACUUAUAUAAUUGUGGGUGCGAGAUCACCACAUGUACAGAAAACCAAAUAUGUAAGGCGUCUAUUCACUCGUGUAAGAUGGCGUUCCAUGUAAAGGCCGUACAGAAUGCUUACUGUGCUCGAAGUAAAUUUAGGAGGCGGUGUCAUUGGAAAACAUGUCCGUCUGCUCAGAAUAUUUUCAGAAGUUACAUUAACGUCUUUGAACGUUGAAAUAUGAGAAUUCAAAUGAUAACAUUAUUUAGUUAGUCCCAAUAUUUAUAAUAGUUUUACAAACAUUGAUUGAUAAUUAUAAAUUUAGAGAAUAUUUUUUUUAAUUCCUAUGUCUUAAAUAAACAGGUAGAAACCAUUGUAA